CCCCCCACCCGAAGUUCCACGAUCUUUACGGAGCAUGUUAUAACCAUCCAGGAGUAUGUCAUCGUCUGCUACGGCCAUGUCUAGGUGACGUGAACGAAAAGCAUGAAUGACGCAACAGGGUUUUGACAUAAGAUAACGCCGCAAACCAUGGAUACGGCGAAGUCGACCAAUCACCUCCGGCUAUCUGCCCGACUAAGGCGUUUCCUGUUGGCACCGAUCUUGACUACCAUUGCCCUCCUCGCCUUCACUAUUCACUUCAGUCUCCUAGAUGGUCCCCGGGAGUCACUUGACUUCAAUGACGUUUCGAAGGAAGCGUCCUACAAAUCAGUGUUACAGCACUCUGACGGAAGUAUGGACGUCAUAUUCAACAUCCCAGCCUCAUCAAAUCUCGCGAGACAACUUAGACAAACCAAACAUGGCACGAAGGAUGUUUUCGGUAACUUUAAAGGAUUCGACAGGUCGGGAACACACAUGAAUAAAACAAUAAGCAGGUAUCCUCCCCCGUCCGCCAUUAGUGAAAAUAUCACGGGAAGGCGGUCUAUAAAAAAGACGCUAUAUCCGAUCACUUUACAAUCUCCAUAUCUCAUUAAUAAUGCUCACAUAUGUAAGGACAUGAAAAGGCCAGGUAUGUUGGUGAUUGUCCACACUGCCACCGACCACUUCAAGCGACGUAGAUCCAUACGGGAGACUUGGGCUAACAAAAACAUUCUUAAAAACCACGGACUUAAGAUAGUGUUUCUGUUCGGAUUAACAAACAAUAAGGACACAGAGAUUAUGCUGGAGAAUGAGAGUGUUGUACAUGGCGACAUUGUUCAGGGAAACUUCCAAGACACUUAUCACAACCUUACUCACAAGGGCGUGCUAGCUUACCGCUGGAUCAGUGAGUACUGCCGCAACGCGGACCUCAUCGUCAAGGUUGACGACGAUAUGUUCGUUAACAUCUUUUUGCUCUUGGAGAUAUAUUUUCCUAAAUACAAGAACAACACCCGGUUUAUGGGUUGUCAGGUUAGGGAGAAAGGUACAAGCCCUAUUGUUCGGGAUAAAAGCAAGUGGCAAGUCAACCGGGACGAGUUCAAAAAUAUGACGCACUAUCCAGUGACGUACUGUAAUGGCUAUUUCGUCAUAAUGUCGCCGGGCAUCAUCCGGGAACUUUACCGAGCCUCGUUUAUGACCCCAUUUUUCUGGGUUGAUGAUGUUUACUUGUAUGGGUUACUUCCGUAUAAAAUAGGAAAAGUGAAACACAUAGCUAUCAGCAGUAACCUAACACUUAGCCAAGAAGCCGGUAUUAAGUGCUUCACCGGAAAUACCACGUGUAAAUAUUUAGGUGCGUACGCAUUCAAAGAAGGCGUGAUGGAGAAACUGUGGUAUGCGUCCUUAUCCAUGUUUAAAGAUUUAGCUGCCAAAUAUUUACCUAGGGAGUUAUUAUUAACAUGAUACCUAACAUGUGUGUUUGGGUAUCGACAUAAAUGACGCCAGGAUUGAUAAAUGUAUCGUUACUUUAUACUUAAACUUUCUGAUAAAGUUACUGACUACGUACACAUGUAGAAUGUGCAUCUGACUUUGGUUUCACGAAACACUUUAUCAACAAUUAUAUUCCCUCAUUUUUGUUGAAUUCCCAAUUGCGAAUGUUUCAUUUACCUAAAGACGAGUUUCCACUGAAUUCCUGCAGUAUUUCAUUAUAAGAAGCAUUAAAAGAGUUAUGUUACCCUUCUCAAGUAUAAAGAACUUACGAAAACAAAAUACUUUAAUCGACAAAAGGAGUUAAAAAAAACAAGUGCUAUAAAAUUAAAAACGGUUAUAGACUUAGUUUUGAUCUGUAUUAUUAGUCACCAUAACGUUUACAUCUAGUCAGAUAAUUAUAACCCCUAUCGCUAGUCAUUAUUUAAACGAAAGGAUGAAAGGUAAGGUUGUGCACAGAAAUAACCUACCGGUUGUACAUAUGCAUGUAUGAUAAACAGUGAGAACUCUUCAUUUGAAAGUAGAUUCGUUCUAUACUACACAACAGAGUCAUGUACAUUAACUUGUAUGUUUGUUCACAGUCCAUUUGGAUACGAUUUUGAUGUGUAUCAGAUCGCAACGAUAUCACAUUACUCUAUAAUAUUGUCUUGUUUGUAUGAUUCACGUCUGUUUUAUUAGUUUUCAAUGUAUUGUAUUGCAAAAGGAAUAACUGAAACAUACCCGAUGCUUGCCAUGAAUUUGAUAUUUCAAGACUCUUGCCUCGAUGGUUGAAAUUGCCAAUCUUGCCCAAAAGGGUCUUGGUGAGUCCUUUUCUUUGACCCUGUGAAAUUGAGAUCCCUCUAUUUGGGUGUAGACUCGAUGCCACACAAAGAAACUAGGCAGCGCUGGUAAGCUAAUAAAUAGCUCGUCUCCACAAUAUAUUGUUACUGUUUUUACGUUAAAUAUAUUACAUCAAGAGUAAAAUAAUCUUUCCGAAGAUUUGACUGAAAAUGUUGCCCCAAUGGUUGAGAUUAUCCCGUUCCACCCCAAGGGGGUGAUUGAGUCUUCUUUUUCUUACCUUUGUGAAAGGUUUCAGUUGAUAUAUGCAUUUAUGAAGGAAUGGCGUAUACAUAUUGCUGUUUGUCAUUUCAGAUUAUAUUUAGUUAUGCUUUGUAAACAAAUAAAUAAAAACAGUCGUAACAAUGUU